AUGGAAGCUCCUUCAGGUCAAGGAGUAUCACAUUUUUUGGGGGGUGGGGAGAGAAGGCAGAAAGAGAGGCAAUGUCAGGCACUGAGAUUUAGAAGAGUAGCUACAACUGUUCUUCGUUCUUGAGAUCCAUCUGGGUUGGCUUCCUGCAGGUGCUGGAAUUUUCAGAGCUAGUCCCACAGUGAGGGGAGCUAACCUGGAGUAGGCAUGUGAAUUCUUUUCAACAAGCACAAGUAAAGCUCAACCUUUUUGUUCAGCCUGGUACAACCAAUCAUACGGGAGAGAAGAAAAUAAGGGUCACUGCCCGAGGGGCAUUACAGUCUCCCCACAGAGCCCUCCUUUUUACUGCAACCUCCACCUCCUGCGUUCAAGAGAUUCUCCUGCCUCAGCCUCCCAAGUAGUUGGCAUUACAGGCAUGUGCCACCACUACCGGCUAAUAGGGAGGCACUUUUAAUUGGCCCACAGUCCAGUUAAACUCCAAGGAGUGAGGAAGUCACCCGGGAGUACAGAACAGGGUGGGAUCCUUCCGGGCUUGGGCAGCCUUUGGUAGUGGGGAUGCUUGGAAAGGUCAGGGUCUCAGGCCUGGAGGUGACCAAGUUUUCUCUCCAAAAGAGAAGGGCAGACGAUGUAAAAAAAAAAAAAAAAAAUCCAGGCUUCACAGCGGCAGUCAAAUCCUUCUAUGUCCCCAGUUUAUCACUCAGAAAGGGUCUCCAGACGCUCCUGCAAAAGGCCAACUCUACUUGCCGGCUCCCACUUCCCCUCCUUCGCCACAGGAGGGUGGCGAAGGAUUUAUAACCCACCUUUCUAUCAGUUGCCAUGGAGACCAGCCCCAGUCCUUUCAUUCCUUCUGGUACCGGGAACGUCUCCAUCCAACGCAGGCGGAAAGGAGGAGGCUAAGCCCAAACAUGCUGCGGGAGGGGCUGGAGGCCUCGACGGCAGCUGAGGAACAAGGCCGACGGACAAAGGCUAAGGUCAGCCGCGAUUCAAGCCCUUUGGUCUGCCGACGACCGGCGGCCAGGCGCUGCGGAAGCACUACUGAGCUUGAGGAGGGCUCGAGCUACGAGGACUGCACGGAGCAGCGGGGUGGGACUCGGGGUCGCCCCAGGAGAGUUCCGCGGCCCGGGGAGCAGACCCAUGGACCGGGGAAGGGGGGGUGCUGAUGGCGGGGGUGGAUGAGGAGGCGCGGGCCCUUCCACCCACGUGUCCAUUGGGCGGCGCCGCCAUCACUCUCUUUUCGGCUAUACCGCCUUCUACUCCUCCGCGGAACCCGGAUCCCCUCCUCCAACAGCUUCUCCCGCCCAGUCACGGGAGCCUCUGAUUGGACAGGGAUACGGUCAAUCCUCAUCUAGUUAGGGAGCCGAUUGGACGCGAGGCCUUCGGGCCGCCUCCAGCCUCGUCGGAUUGGCUUCCUGCGCGUUGGCGCAACGGAAGAGGCGGCCGGCCGAGGGCGCGCCUCUGCUCUGGCUGGACUACCGUGGAGAAGGCAAGAGGAGUCCGACGCUGGGGGGCUGGCUCGGGCGGCAGCGGUGGCUGCUGCGGAUGGGAGCGGGCCGGCUCGGCGCGCCCAUGGAGCGCCACGGCAGGGCCUCCGCCACCUCCACCUCGUCGGCUGGGGAGCAGGCGGCCGGGGGCCCCGAAGGGCGGCGGCGGGAGCCACUGCGGCGCCGGGCUAGCAGCGCGUCGGUGCCCGCGGUCGGGGCCUCGGCGGAGGGCGCGAGGCGGGACCGACUGGGCUCCUACAGCGGCCCCACCGCGGUCACCCGUCAGCGCGUCGAAAGCCUGAAGAAAAAGCGGCCGCAACUGCUGCUUGCUUUCAUUUCCUUCUCCUUUCUCUUCCCUCUUCAACUUCCUAUGUCGAAAUCAUUUUUUCCAUGGUUUGGCUUGGAUAUCGGUGGAACUCUGGUCAAGCUGGUUUAUUUUGAACCCAAAGACAUCACCGCUGAAGAAGAGGAGGAAGAAGUGGAAAGUCUUAGAAGCAUUCGGAAGUAUCUGACUUCCAAUGUGGCGUAUGGGUCCACAGGCAUUCGGGAUGUGCACCUCGAACUGAAGGACCUGACUCUGUGUGGACGCAAAGGCAAUCUGCACUUUAUACGCUUUCCCACUCAUGACAUGCCUGCUUUUAUUCAAAUGGGCAGAGAUAAAAACUUCUCAAGUCUCCACACUGUCUUUUGUGCCACUGGAGGUGGAGCAUACAAAUUUGAGCAGGAUUUUCUCACAAUAGGUGAUCUUCAGCUUUGCAAACUGGAUGAACUAGAUUGCUUAAUAAAAGGAAUUUUAUACAUUGACUCAGUUGGAUUCAAUGGACGGUCCCAGUGCUAUUACUUUGAAAACCCUGCUGAUUCUGAAAAGUGUCAGAAGUUACCAUUUGAUUUGAAAAAUCCUUAUCCUCUUCUUCUGGUGAACAUUGGCUCAGGGGUUAGCAUCUUAGCAGUAUAUUCCAAAGAUAAUUACAAACGGGUCACAGGUACUAGUCUUGGAGGAGGAACUUUUUUUGGUCUUUGCUGUCUUCUUACUGGCUGUACCACUUUUGAAGAAGCUCUUGAAAUGGCAUCUCGUGGAGAUAGCACCAAAGUGGAUAAACUAGUACGAGACAUUUAUGGAGGGGACUAUGAGAGGUUUGGUCUGCCAGGCUGGGCUGUAGCUUCAAGCUUUGGAAACAUGAUGAGCAAGGAGAAGCGAGAGGCUGUCAGUAAAGAGGACCUUGCCAGAGCGACUUUGAUCACCAUCACCAACAACAUUGGCUCAAUAGCAAGAAUGUGUGCCCUUAAUGAAAACAUUAACCAGGUGGUAUUUGUUGGAAAUUUCUUGAGAAUUAAUACGAUCGCCAUGCGGCUUUUGGCAUAUGCUUUGGAUUAUUGGUCCAAGGGGCAGUUGAAAGCGCUUUUUUCGGAACACGAGGGUUAUUUUGGAGCUGUUGGAGCACUCCUUGAGCUGUUGAAGAUCCCCUGAUCGUUACCUGGGGAGGGGUUCCUGAAACCUUCCACAAUGGGAUCUGUGGACUCUCAUUUUUUUAAGAGACUUACUCAGUUUCACAACUGUGUACUACCCGCAUCAAAGUGAGAAAGGACAUGUGUAUUUUUCUAAGUCAUCAAGAUCAAUUCUUAAAAAUUCAAUCUGAACUAGCAACCAGGAAGGAAAGAUACAUUAAAAACAACAAAAAAGUGGCCCGUGUCCAGGCAGUGUGAGGACUUGCUGUAUAUAAGUUGCCCUGCUAUUUUUUGAAAUCUGUGUCACUCACUGGAGAUGCUUCAGAAGGGAGCUGCUUUGUGUUCAGUUGACUGUGGUUUUGUGUCUUUUUUGAACUCACUGAAUGUAAGGCAGGCCUACUGUGUGUUACAAUCGAAUCACAAUUUGUCAGUAUGGUCUUGGCGGUCAUCUGCAUUACUCGGGUUUGCAUUAAGCCUGUGUGUGAACUUGCUGUAAGACAUGUUUUAUUUUAAGGUUCUGCAAACUUAAUUGGGCAAGUUAAUUGUGUACCUGAAACUUAACAAGCGGUUUUUGGAAGGGCAGUUCCACGUUACUUUACACUAAAUGCUGGGAAUGGAUGAAUGGAAAGACA